GAUGCUGAGCACUUGUUGGCUCUUUUGCUUUCACUCUGCGGUCCAUCUCAUCCCAAACCAUCUCGACUGGGUUUAGGUCAGGUGACUGUGGAGGUCAGAUCAUCUGGCGCAGCACUCCAUCACUCUCCUUCUUGGUCAAAUAGCCCUUACACAGCCUGGAGGUGUGUUUGGGGUCAUUGUCCUGUUGAAAAAUAAAUGAUGGUCCAACUAAACGCAAACCGGAUGGGAUGGCAUGAUGCUGCAGGAUGCUGUGGUAGCCAUGCUGGUUCAGUGUGCCUUCAAUUCUGAAUCAAUCCCCAACAGUGUCACCAGCAAAGCACCCCCACACCAUCACACCUCCUCCUCCAUGCUUCACGGUGGGAACCAUGCAUGUAGAGACCAUCCGUUCACCUUUUCUGCAUCGCACAAAGACACGGCGGGUGGAACCAAAGAUCUCAAAUCAGACCAAAGCACAGAUUUCCACUGGUCUAAUGUCCAUUCCUUGUGUUUCUUGGACCAAACAAAUCUGCUUGUUGCUUUUCCUUAGUAGUGGUUUUUUAGCAGCUAUUUGACCAUAAAGGCCUGAUUCGUCUCCUCUGAACAGUUGAUGUAGAGAUGUGUCUGCUACUAGAACUCUGUGAGGCAUUAUUCUGGGCUCUAAUCUGAGGUGCUGUUAACUUGUGAUUUCUGAGGCUGGUGACUCAGAUGAACUUAUCCUCAGCAGCAGAGGUGACUCUUGGUCUUCCUUUCCUGGGGCGGUCCUCAUGUGAGCCAGUUUUGUCGUAGCGCUUGAUGGUUUUUGCGACUGCACUUGGGGACACAUUCAGAGUUUUUGCAAUUUUCCGGACUGACUGACCUUCAGUUCUUAAAGUAAUGAUGGACUGUAGUUUCUCUUUACUUAGCUGAUUGGUUCUUUCCAUAAUAUGAAUUCUAACAGUUGUCUAAUAGGGCUGUCAGCUGUGUACCAACCUGACUCUGAAGUGGAAACCAUUUCAGGUGACUACCUCAUGAAGCUCAUUGAGAGAAGGCCAAGGGUUUGCAUCACUGUCAACAAAGCAAAGGGCUCUUCAUCAGGAUGCAGCUCUUGUAGCUCCACACAGAAUGAGUCGUGAUGAAGAGACCAAAGCUGGCCGGAGUUUUCCUCUUCGUGGGCUGCCUGCUCGCCUACCUGAUGUUUGUGAAGCGUCACUACACCUCCACAAAGCCUGAAGCCUACAGACUACCUCCCCACCAGCUGCCCGCCGCCGCCGCCGCCGCCGCUGGACGGAGCUUCCAGUAUGGCAUCAUGUUCGACGCUGGGAGCACUGGGACCAGAGUCCACAUCUUCAAGUUCCAGACAGAGAACAAAGAAGCUCCCACACUGGCCCACGAGACGUUCAGAGCCAUCAAACCUGGACUGUCUGCGUACGCUGAUGAUCCAGAGAAGUGUACAGCCGGUAUCGUGGAGCUUCUGGAGGUGGCGAAGUCCAGCGUCCCCCCCUCCCUGUGGACCAUCACCCCUGUGGUCCUGAAGGCCACAGCCGGCCUGCGACUGCUGCCGGGGGAGAAAGCCAAACACCUGCUGGACAAGGUGAGGGCGCUGUUUCUGGAGUCUCCCUUUCUGUCCAGAGACGACAGCGUGUCCAUCAUGGACGGCACUGAUGAAGGGAUUUCUGCCUGGAUCACCGUCAACUUCCUCACUGGUGAUCUUCACAGAGCUGACUCGCCCACUGUGGGGAUGUUGGAUUUGGGGGGCGGGUCCACUCAGAUCACCUUCAGUCCUCGAGACGAGAAAACCAUCCAGACCUCCCCGAUCGAUGACAUCAGGUCCUUCAGGAUGUUCAACAACACACACACUGUGUACACACACAGUUAUCUGGGUCUCGGUCUCAUGUCGGCUCGACUCGCCGUCUUAGGAGGCGUUGACGCUUCGCCCCUAGGGGGCAGCAGUGAGUUGGUCAGCCCCUGCCUUGCUCCAGAGUACUCGGGCCGGUGGGAGCAGGCAGACAUCGUGUACACUGUGAGGGGCCAGAAGGCGGGGGAGCCGGUUUACGAGGCGUGUCUCACCAAAGUGGAGAAGGUUCUGUACAGGAAGGUGAUGAAGGCGUCUGAGGCGGCGGACGUGGAGUUCUACGCCUUCUCGUACUACUACGACCGCGCCGUCGACCUCGGGGUGAUCGAGGAGAAAACUGGAGGAACCAUCCAGCUGUCAGAUUAUACUGACGCAGCCAAAAGAGUGUGCAGCGGUCUGUCCGUCAGUCCUCUACAGAGUCCGUUCCUCUGUCUGGACCUGGUCUACAUCUCAGUCCUGCUGCAGGAGCUCGGGUUCCCCCCCCACAAACACUUCAAGCUGGCGAGGACCAUCCACCAGGUGGAGACCAGCUGGGCUCUCGGGGCCACGUUCCAUCACAUCCAGUCCCUGAAGAGACACUGAAGCUUUUAUUCUGAAAACCUUCACUGACUUCCUGCUCGUCCUGGACCUCCAGACCCGUGAAGACCUCAUCCAGGACCCAAACCCAGACCCCGGUUCUGUGAGGAGGCUGCGAGCUGCUGGUGAACGCUGCCUCCUAUUGGCUGCUCAGAGUAAUCUAAUGUACUGACAGUAAUCAGAUUACUUUCAGCCUCCUCACACACCUGUGUGACAUCACGUCUGACCGUCCAAUCAGACGCUCCUCCUGAACAGUGACCUCAUCAACAGUUUAUAUUUAAUAUCUUCUUCUACACUUUGUUAUAUAACAGCUGGGUUUUCUAUUGAUUAUUGAUUAUUGAUUAUUUGUAUUGAUGUUGAUGUUUGUGCCAAAAAUAAUAUUUUUCUCAGAUGUUGUUGUUGAAGCGUCGAGCUCGUGUUAUCCUCUAUAUUCUAUUUUAAUGUUUAUAAAACUUUAUUUUUCUCGUACUGGCGUUAGCUGCUGCGUCGCUAGCGUUGUUAGCUAUGAGCAAGCUAACGUUAGCUGCUGGGUGCUAAUCAGAGUUUCACAACGUUGCCAUGGUGAUUGCCGUGGUGUGUUUGAGGGUUCCAGUGGAAGCAGGAACUAUCGGCUCCGACCUCGUUUGUAUCGACAGCACCGAUUGUUACUGAAGGACUUCCUGUUUUUACUCGCUGCAAUAAAACUGAAUGUUUGUCUUCAAUAAAGAUUGUAGCUGCUUCAA